GAUUGGUCGGCUAGAUUUGAGCUCAUAUUUUUCGUAUUUCUCCGAAUGUUUUGUAUACUAUGAUAAUCCUUUCAGAUACUAGAUGAAAUAGCAAAUCUUCAUCGUUCACCUCAAGACUGCAAUGAUAAGAUGAUUCCUCUCAAAGACAACCAAGAUGUGGCAGCUUUCCUUGUCACAAAACACUCUUGGAAGGGAAAGUACAAAAGAGUAUUUUCUAUUGGCACUCAUGGAAUCACAACAUAUAACCCAGAUCGUUUGGAGGUGACAAAUAAAUGGUUAUACUCAGAUGUGGUCACCAUUGCUUCAUCCAAGCAUUCAAAUUCUGCUGCAAACCAUGAUUUCACACUUGUCAUGAAAAAAGAUAAAAAAAUAGAUUCAAUGAAGUUCUCUUCUGAACAUAAAUGUCUUAUUUUAACAGAGGCUUUCAAAUACAGACAUUUGUUUUCAGAAAAGCCCAAAGAUAUUUUUAGAUAUCAAGCAUAUAAACAUCAUUGGAGUGGUACACGACUACCCAUUGUGCUUGAAGUUGGUCCGUGCUCACUUGAACAGCUGGAUCCAUCAACACACACAUUGCUGGCUAGUUACCCCUACAGUGACAUUCAAGGAAUUCUUCCUGUAAGAGAUAUACCGGGAGGAUUCGUGCUAGCGGUCGGUGGAUACAGCCGUCUUCAUCUAUUUUCCAAUGCCAUGGAUCAUCAAAUUAUUAUCAGCAAAAUGCUUGAAAUGGCCAGUUUAACAAUGAGCAUAAGCAUAAAAGUGCUAUCUGCAACUAUUACAGUUGAUGAUUAUCACAAUCAAAGAUUUGGUAAAUACAGUGGUGAUCAACACCAGACUUCAUUGAGUGAGUUUAUGGUCCACAAGGUGAAUCCCGCUAGACAUAUGGAACCAAUGCGUAGGACUCUUUGUCUUUCCGAUACUUGCAUUCUUGAAAGAGAUCCACAGACUUAUUCAGUUGUGUGUUUGAGACCAUUAAGCGACGUUUUUUCUUUAGUUCGGGAUCCUGAUCACCCUCAAAAGUUUUCUAUUGAAUAUUUAAAUGGACAGACUCGAACGUAUUUGGCCGGAGAGCGGGACGCGCUGCUGGCGUCGCUGGUGGACGGCGUGCGGUCCGCGGGCCAGCGCGACGUGCACGUGCGCUCGGCGCCCACUCCGCGCGGGUUCCGCCUCGGCCCGCUGCACCACGCCGUGGACGAGGAGACCGAGGCCAACCACCUCAAAUUAUUUCAAAAUCCUGUGGGAAUGUCGAGAUCGGAAGUUAUCGAACGAUUUAACGCAAAUGUUGGUUACAGCGGUCUCAUAUACUCUGUCAGCCAAGAUGCUCGUCCCCUGUUGUGGCUGUUUCUUACGUGGGAUCUUCGACUGUUUGCGGAGAAUAAGGAGAAGUUGAUCACGGGAGCUCUGAGUGCUAUCAUGAGCAGCGGGCCCUCGGGCUCCAACCUGUCGCUACGCGAGCUGGAGGCUCAGUUUCACGCGCUGCGGAGAUUGUGCGCCAGCAAAGUUGGCUUCGCGGCUUUUACCGCCCUACCCGGGUUCCGCGAGUGGAUGGGCAGCGCCGUGGUGGGCGCGCUGCGGCGCGAGUGCGCGGCCUGCUCGCACGCGGCGCUGGACGCGCUGUGCGCGCUGCUGCAGCCCAUGCACGCCGAGCCCGACCUGCGCCAGGAGCAGCUCAACAAGGCCAGCAUGCUCGCCUCGCUGCCCUUCCUCGACGGCCUGCUGGUCAUGUGGGCCGCGCACGUCACUGCGGGCACGGGUGCGCUAGUGGUGGCGGCCAUGCUUGACUUCCUGACCUUCGCGCUGUGCGUGCCCUACAGCGAGACCACAGACGGGAAACAGUUUGACCAGCUGCUCGAGAUGGUGGCCGGUCGAGGGCGAAUGAUCUUUAAGCUUUUUGAGCACCCGUCGGCGGCCGUGGUGAAGGGCGCGGGGCUGGUGGCGCGCGCGCUGGUGGAGGAGGGCGGCGGCGGGGUGGGCGCGCGCGUGCAGGCGCUGGCGCUGGCCGAGGCGGCGCUGCCCCGCCACCUGCUGCACGCGCUGUACGCGCCCGCGCGCCUGCAGCGCCGCCACCUGGCGCGACACCUGGUGGCGCUGUGGCUGGUGGACCACGCGCCAGCCGCCGACCUCAUGCGCCGCAUCAUGCCGUCGGGGCUGCUGGCGUUCCUGGAGUGCAGCGAGGCGCCGCCGGCGGCCGCGCUGGAGGAGCAGCGCGUGGAGGAGCGCGACAACCUGCAGCUGGCGCAGGCCGCCGCCCGCCCGCGCGCGCCGCACUGGGAGGCGCUCGAGCGGCAGGUCAAGUACGUGGAGAAGCACCUCGAGCAUUACGCAACGUUAGCAAUGCAACACUGGGCUCAGAGGACGCGGGGGACGGACCCGCGGAAGGAGAUCCGCGACCGGCCCGUAGUGCUGAGGCGACGCAGGGAACGAGUCAAGUCUACCGCGAACUGGCCAAUGUUCUACUACCAGUUUCAUCGGGACCACGCGUUACCCAAUCUCAUAUGGAAUCACACCACGCGCGAGGAGCUGCGCAGCGCGCUGGAGAACGAGCUGCGCGCCUUCGCGUCGGACCGGGAGGUGGCGGGCGGCACGCUCACCUCGUGGAACCACGCCGAGCUCGAGGUGCACUACCAGUGUCUGCAGAACGAGGUCAAGAUCGGGGACUACUACCUGCGCAUCCUGCUCGAGCAGCGGGACAACGACGACAGUCCCAUACGCAAGUCAUACGAGUUCUUUAACGACUUAUAUCAUCGGUUCCUAUCAACGCCUAAAGUGGAGAUGAAAUGCAUGUGCUUACAAGCAAUGACCAUAGUUUACGGCCGUUAUUAUGAAGAUAUUGGUCCCUUCGCUGACACGAAAUAUAUUGUGCAAAUGUUGGACAGGACAUGCGACAGAAUGGAGAGAGAUAGACUUGUACAGUUUCUGUCCAAAUUAAUUCUCCACAGAAAGAAUGUCAGUGAGAUAUUGGAAUGGAAUGGCAUAAGGAUUCUCGUCGAUCUUAUGACGUUAGCACAUUUGCAUACGUCACGUGCAAUGGUGCCGACACAGACCAACGUGAUCGAGGGGCCGGCGCAGACUGGAGACGGAGACCGCGAGUGGUACUACAACGUCGAGCAAGGCGACAAGGUGCAGCGAAAGGGCCCAGUCAGCUUCCAACAGUUAAAGGAAUCGUACAAGAGUGGAGAGAUCAACAACAAAACGAAGUGCUGGGCCAACAGUAUGGAGGGCUGGCGCGCACUAGGCGGCGUGCCGCAGCUGCGCUGGAGCAUGGCGGCGCGGGGCGCGCCCGCGCUCACCGAGACCGAGCUGGCCGCCACCGUGCUCGACCUGCUCGUGGCCUGCUCGCGCUACUACCCCAGCAGAGAUGAAGAAGAUGCAGUAAUAAGACCACUUCCUAGAGUGAAGAGACUGUUGUCGGAACCGGCUUGCUUGGCGCAUGUUGUGCAGUUACUUUUAACUUUUGAUCCUAUACUUGUGGAAAAGGUAGCAACAUUAUUAUAUGAAGUGAUGCAAGACAAUCCUGAAAUAUCCAAGUUAUAUCUAACGGGUGUAUUCUACUUUAUGCUUUUGUAUACCGGUUCAAAUUUGUUGCCGAUUGCGAGGUUUUUACGGCUCACGCAUAUGAAGCAAGCAUUUCGCGCCGAUCAGACAAGCUCCGACAUCAUGCAGCGGUCAAUCUUAGGCCAGUUGCUCCCGGAGGCCAUGGUGUGCUACCUGGAGAAUCACGGUGCCGAAAAGUUUGCCCAAAUCUUUCUCGGCGAAUGGGACACACCAGAAGCUAUAUGGAACUCUGAAAUGAGGCGUAUGCUGAUAAUGAAGGUGUCUGCGCACAUCGGCGAGUUCACCCCGCGCCUGCGCGCGCAUAUCGCGGCGCGCUACCCCUACCUCGCCAUCCCCGCCGUCCUCUACCCGCAGCUCCGCAACGAACUAUUCUGCAACAUGUUCUACCUGCGACACCUCUGCGACAUACAGCGCUUCCCAGACUGGCCCAUUCCCGACCCGGUAGGUUUGCUGAAGGACGUACUGGAGGCGUGGCGACGUGAGGUGGACAAGAAACCGGCCUCCAUGACGGCGGAGCAAGCCUUCGCCGCGCUCGGCCUCGAGCCCGGACAGGACGAGGGCGCCGUGCGGAAGGCCUACUACCGGCUCGCGCAGCAGUUUCACCCCGACAAGAACCCCGAGGGCAGAGACCGUUUCGAAGCUGUGAAUCAAGCGUACGAGUUCCUUUGCAGUAGGAACGUGUGGAACGGCGACGGUCCUAACACAAAUAACAUUCUACUCAUACUACGCACCCAAACGAUAUUAUUCCAGAGAUAUUCCGAAGUGCUGGCCCCGUACAAGUACGCGGGGUACGGCGCGCUGCUGCGCACGGCGCGGCUGGAGGCGGAGGCCGAGGCGCUGUUCGCGCGCGACACGGCGCUGCUGCCGGCCGCCUGCGAGCUGGCGCACGCCACGCUGGCCUGCUCCGCGCUCAACGCCGAGGAGCUGUGCCGGGAGCGCGGCCUCGAGGUGCUGCAAGAGGCGCUGUCUCGGUGCGUGUCGGUGCUGGGCGGCAGCAAGGAGGGCAGCACGGCGGCUGCAGUGUGUAUGCACUGCGCUCGUUGCUUCGCGGUCGCAGCGCGCUUCCCGUCGUGCCGCGAGGCCGCCGCGCAGCUGCCGCAGCUCUGUGCCGACAUCGUACCGCUGCUGCGCCGACCCGAGCUUGGCGAGACGGCGUGCGCGGGUGCUGAGGCCGUAGCGGCGCUAGCAGCGGACGCACAGUGCCGGGCACGCUUCGCCCGAGCUCACGUGCUGCACGCGCUGCUACCCGCCGUGCUGCGCUACGAUUACACUUUGGCAGAGUCCGGCCUGCCUAACGAGGGUGACAAUAAACAGGAGGUGGCCAAUCGCCUCGCUACGCAGAGCGUGGCAGCACUGGCGGCGCUGUACGGGCCGCACGAGGAUGCGUCGGCGGAAGACGAACGCAUGCGUGCCGCGCUGCAUGCGCUGCUCACCCCCUAUCUGUGCGACAAGCUGGCCGGAGACGACACGCACGAGCUUCUAAAAACUCUGACAUCGAACUGGCGGACACCGUACCUCGUGUGGGACAACAGUACGCGCGCCGAGCUGAAGGAGGCUCUGCGCGAGCGGCCCGCGGGCGACGACGCCGCGCUGGUGCCGCCGCUGCAGUACUCCGCGCACGAGGGGCUGCUGGCCGUCGGCGGCGUCUAUCUGAGCAUAUACGACGAGCUGCCCGACUACCCCAUAGAGAAUCCACAACAGUUCGUUCUCGACUUAUUAAAGUUUAUCCAAGAAGAGACGCAUGCGGAUAUAACAGAAGAGAGGGCCGAGCACAUCACACUUGCAUUGAACGCUCUCGCCAAUUGUAUCAUAAAAAAUCCAGGCGUAGAGAUCCAGUGCAUCGGGCAGUUCGGGCUGAUAUUCGGGCUGAUGUCGGCGCGCGCGCUGCCGGCGGCGUCGCAGGCGGCCGUGCAGGUGGCGGCGGCCGCGGCGCGCAGUCGCGAGUGCGUGGACGAGGUGGCGGCCGGCGCGCUGCUGGGACACCUGCUGCCGCUGCUGGCGCCGCCGCCGCGCCCCGACGCACUGCACGCCCUGGCCGCGCUGCUGUCCGCCACGCCGCUCGUCCGGGAGGCGCUCGCCAAAGGAGCUGUGAUAUACUUAUUAGAUUUAUUCUGCAAUUGUAAUAUACCGGAAAUGAGGGAGAUGGCCGUCGAACUGCUAGCGCGUAUGAUGGCCGACAAGCUGCACGGACCAAAGGUGCGACUGACGAUCUGCCGCUACGUGCCGAGCGUGUUCGCGGAGGCGAUGCGCGAGGCGGGCGCGGCGGCUGCGCUGCACGCCUUCGACGCGAGCCACGAGCACCCCGAGCUGGUGUGGGGCGACGAGCUGCGCCAGCGCGUGCGCACGCACCUCGCGCAACUGCGGGACCGACAUUACACAGCACAAAUCCGCGACCCGUCGGCCUUAUUCGAGGAACGCGAAGUGACGGAGCACAACGAGGAUGCCUGGGCGCCGCCCGGCGAGGUUGUGGUGGGAGGCGUCUACCUCAAGCUGUUCCUACAGAACCCCACCUGGAGUCUACGAAGCCCCAAGCGAUUCCUACAGGAGUUGGUCACAGAGACAUUGUCGUCGCUCAAUAAGGACUCAUCGGAAGGCAGUCGCGGAGAUACGUGCGCGCGCGCGCUGGCGGCGCUGCUGCGCGCGCGGCCCGCGCUGUGCGACGCGUGCGCGCAGCUGGGCGAGCUGCCGCGCCUGGCGCGCCUGCUGCCCGUCUGUCCGCGCCACGCCGUGCCCGUGCUCGCCGCGCUCGCGCACACCCAGGCUUGUGUUAUGGCGCUCGGCCAAACUGACGUCAUGGUCGGGCUCAAAACCGCAGUAAAGACGUGUCGAGAAGUGGUCGGCGGUGCCUGCGACGCGUUGACUGCUAUAUUCAACAGCACAAUCAACACAGACAAGCUUGUACUUCAGGCGCUCGAGUGCGAGCUGGUGGGCGAGCUGCUGGCGGUGCUGGAGGCGCGCUCGCUGGAGGGCAGCGUGGCGGCGCGCGUGGUGGGCGCGCUCAAGGCCAUGAGUCGCGCGGGUGCGCACGCCGAGCGCGUGCGGGCGCAGCUGGCGCGCUCGCCCGUGUGGGACCAGUACUCGGCCCAGCGGCACGAUCUCUUCAUCUCUGCGCCCCAGCACCACUCUAUUGCCGCGGCCCCGCAAAGCGCGGGAUACCUGUCGGCGCCGCCGUCCGUGCCGCCCACGCAGCCGCCGCCGCUGGACUGACCGUCGCCGCACCCUCUCGCUCAUACCACUUGAUCACCAUACUCACCAGUCAAUAUUAUAAGUGUUAUAAAGAUCCGUUAAUGGCAAUGGCAAAUAUAAUUCAUUCAUCAAAAAGACUAUUACCCUUUACGUACUGAUUUUCCUAUUAUAGUACAUCCUAGGUUCAAUCAAAUAAAAAAAAUAUGCUUCCUCGUCAAAUAAGAGUUAACUUAAGUAGUAACAAACUCCAAAAAAUAAUAGUACUAUUUUUAGUGCAACAAAAACAGCAAAUAAAAAAUGACUUGAUUUAAAAAAAAUAAUUGUAUCUGCAAUUUUUAUAAAUAUUAUAUAUCAUUGUCUCUAUUUUAAUAUAAUUGUACGCAUAAUCAAAAAGAAACAUAAAUGGAUAAUACAAUUUAAAUUACUUUCAAUAUCAUGAUAUAAAAAUUGCGUUGAUUGAAAUGUACUUAUACACCAAUCACAAGAGAAAAAACAAGAACUUGUAUAUUAUAUAAAUGUUAUUAAAAUAUAUUGUUUGAAUCUAAACCUUGCUCUUAUGUUUUCAAAUGAUCUCUUUCAUAUACGGUUUUUAGAUUUUUUCUUCAUUCCUAUUGUUUUAUAACUUGCAAAGUGAUAUAAGUUUGUAGUAUGGUUAAUGUAAAAGAAUUAUGAAUUUUUAUACGUCAUAAGUAACGAGGCUUGUUGGGAAAAGGGGGGGAUUUCUGAAAGAGUUUUGUUCUAUAACAGUUAUUAUUAUUAAAUAAAUUUUCUAGAUUGAUUUACCCUUAUAUUGAAUGAUAGAAAAAAAAUUGUUAGUCAAGGAUUUUUAUUAAUAAAUAAUUUAAUAUUACUUAUUUAAUCGUGGUGUGUAUUUGUUUGUUUAUCCUUAAUAGUCUUGCCAGAGGUUUGGAUUUUAUGUAUCAUCCCGUAAAAUUAAACUGUAUAAUGUAUUAUGUUAUAUAAUUUUUAUAACUCAUUCAAUUAAUAUACAUGCCUCAUACAUUUAUAUAAAUGUAAAGUAAAUAAGGAGAGAAAUAGUAGAUAUAUUAUAACUUAAAUAAAUGUAAGUCAAGUAAUUGUUUUGCUGAUACUAUGUUGUAUCGUAUGAAAGUUUGAUACAUUGUACGAAUCUUAGUGUGAUAUUACUGUAUUAAAAUUUAACUUUAAUGUUAGUCAUAUCAUAGCUUUAAGAAACGAACGAUAUAAAAUUUAUGUAUUACGUUUACACGAUUUCUUUAAGUAAAAUAUCAUAUUUCGGUCCUGUAUUAUAUUUCUCUAUAGAAAUGAAAUUGAAUUGAAAAAAUAUUUAAGGCUAUUCGUCGUUUUUAUUAUGAUUUUUACUACACAAUAAUGAUAAUAAUUUAAAGUCUCGUUAUAAAAGAUCACAUCGAAAUGACUCUGUCACUUGACUGGUGUGGUUGAAAGACGAAGGUGUUUUUUGAUGCGACGUAAUUAGUUAGCAUAUUUUAAUUAUAUAUAAAUGUAUAUAUUAUGCAGUGGUUAAUUUCUUGAAACAUAUACCGCCCUUUAAAUACUUGAACAACAUUCAAAAUAAUUAGGGAAGCGUCAUUAAGAAUUGUGUAAACGUAGAAUGCGAUUUUUAAUUUGCUCAGGUCUCGAGUACGUCCUAAUUAUGUUAAUAUGAAAAAAAAACGGACUGUCAUUGGCUAUUGUGUGUACCAGGUUUUAAUAUUUUAAUUUUCAGCUUUAUUAAUAAUGUGAUUUAUACCUACGAGACUUAGGCAUAAAGGUGAUGACGUCACGUUUGCGUAGAUAAAAAAAAAUUAAAUCAUUAAAAUUAUAUGUAAUAUCAUAAUUUUGUUGGCAUGUUAUAGAUAGCAUAUUUUAAAGGAAACCUGGGCGCACAUGUUUUAAUGAAUAGAUUGAACUGAGAUGGCAACACGUGUUGAGUAGAAUAUGAAUGUUUAAUAUUUUUAUAUUUAGCGUAAGCUAUACAUGUGUAAUGUAAAGUAAUAUAUUGAAUUGAUAUUAA